CUGGGCUUCUUGAGAAAGAGCUCGACCACAUGAGAGCAGGACACACAGGACUAACUCUUCACUCACCAGGGGUUGUAAUUUCUGCAGAGGAAGAAACCGGAUUAAUAUUUCCUUCGAGGAAGUGUCAUGCACAUCGCACUCAGUGACUCAUUUCAACUGAGUUUGAAAACAAAGCAGCUUUUUCUGAGGAGCCUUUUGCUUUUUGAGAAAACUUGAAACGUCUGACAGAGUCAGGUGUCAGAAUGGUUGGCAUGAAGUCUAGAGAUGUGGUGCCCUCAGCUGCCAUCAAGUUCUUCGGCGCCGGUACCGCCGCCUGCAUCGCUGACCUCGUCACCUUUCCCCUGGACACGGCCAAAGUCCGGCUGCAGAUCCAGGGUGAAUCGGAGAAAGCCGCGGGCAGCGGUGCCACCAGGUACCGCGGCGUGUUUGGAACCAUCACCACCAUGGUUCGGACCGAAGGAGCCCGCAGCCUGUACAGCGGCCUCGUGGCAGGACUGCAGAGGCAGAUGAGCUUUGCCUCGGUGAGAAUCGGACUCUACGACUCCAUGAAGCAGUUCUACACUCGAGGCACCGAGAGUGCCAGCAUCGUUGUCCGACUCAUGGCGGGAUGCACAACCGGGGCGAUGGCGGUGGCCUUUGCUCAACCGACCGACGUGGUGAAGGUGCGGUUCCAAGCUCAGGUCCGGCUGGCGGACGGUGGGAGGAGGUACAGCAGCACCCUGGAUGCCUACAAGACAAUCGCUCGGGACGAAGGCGUGCGGGGCCUCUGGAAAGGCUGCCUGCCCAACAUCACCCGCAACGCCAUCGUCAACUGCUCCGAACUGGUGACAUAUGACAUCAUCAAGGAGCUGAUCCUGAAGUAUGACCUGAUGACAGACAACCUGCCGUGCCAUUUCACCGCCGCCUUCGGUGCGGGCUUCUGCACCACCGUCGUGGCCUCUCCUGUUGAUGUGGUCAAAACCAGAUUCAUGAAUUCUGGGUCGGGUCAGUACAGCAGUGCCGUCAACUGUGCGCUCACCAUGUUGAGGAACGAAGGGCCCACCGCCUUCUAUAAAGGGUUCAUGCCCUCCUUCCUGCGCCUGGGCUCCUGGAACAUCGUCAUGUUUGUGACCUAUGAGCAGCUCAAAAGAGGGAUGAGCCGCGCGCAGCAGUACUGGGAGUCGCCGUUUUGACAGAGCCAUGGAACACCGGAGGAAGUCAAGCCUGUCGUGACACCUGAAGAGGCGCUAAAGAGCCUUCAGAGGACACCAUGAAACUAGCUGAUCGCUCAUUCUUAAAGACUCGCCACAGAGGCUGAGUGUGAUCCAAAACCAGGGACUGAAAUGUGGACUCUUUUAGAGUAUUUUUGUAAACGACAAGAUGAAUGUGAUCAAAGUCUCCACUCUAGUACAGAGCAGAAUCUUAUCUUCUCUGUAUUUUGUACUUAUCAUUACCUCACUUGAUCUUAUUCUCGCCACUUUUUGGGAGCAUCUUGAUCCCACAAAUGACAUUUUGAUGUAAAGGCUCAACCUCCAGGACCAAUGAGAGCGACAGACCCCUCCAGGAACCAUCGUCUAAAUGGAUGUUCUGGAGCUCAAGUUCCUCCUCAGGAUUUAAAAUAUCCAGCUCUGAAAACAUGUCAAUCAUUCUUACCUCGUCGUGAUUUGUGUGUGUGUGUGUGUGAAGCAAGAGUGUAAAUAGUGUGUGCAUCAGGCAACACAGUACUGGAUUAUUGCAGGUCAAUAAUACAGAAGAUUCUGCGCACAAUUAGCCGACUUAAUAAAAGUUAGGUGUAAGAACGGUUUCUGUAAGCUGCAGUUUCUCUCUGUUUACGAUGCCGAAGGUGAUGUGGCAGGUUGUGUGCUAAACACAUGGUUUGAAUGGCAUGUGCAAUGUGCUGUGUCAGGGCAUUUGAAGCAUGACUGUCGCCUCCUAUGCGUGUUUCCAUGAUAUAAUAAUAUACAGUGGAACAGUGCCAACAACAAACACCUUUUGUUAUGAUAAAACAACAUGCUAUUAUUGACUUACAAGGACGGCAGGUCAAGUAACAUUCAUUUAGAGUUGAGAACUGAGAUAUACCGCCCUCUGUUGGUGGAUAGAUGUUGUCACGCUAUAUUGCGCCUAGAGAGGAAGUCUGUCCCACAGAGUUGUCCCAUGAUGCAGGUCUGUCAUCAGGAUGGUGGCAGCCUGUCCAGGGUGUCCCCUGCUGUUUACCCAGUGUUGCAUAAAUGGUGGAAUGGUGAGCUUGUAUUUCUUAUUUUGGACAUUAGAAAUGUAA